AUGGCGCUCAUUUGCAUUGGCUCGGUUUGUUUUUCGUUAUUUCACGUGGGUAUUAUAAUUUUAUUUAUCAUCAAUUACUUUUAUUCUCAUAUUAAAAAGUUCCUUCCCCAGUUUUUGGUUGGUAGUGAUGAUAAAGACAAGCAAAUUAAGGAUAUUUUGCAAUUAAAAAGAAAAAAGAAAGAGUAUGGAGAGAGCACAUAUAUAGAGCUAGCUGAAGGGGGAAACUUAGAAGACAUAUUCAAAUCAAGCAAAAACGUUUCAGUCGUUUUAAAAUUUGGGGCUUCUUGGUGUAAACCCUGUGUCCGAAUUAAGGAAUAUUUUAAGAACCAGACAGCCAGUUAUUAUGUAUCGCUCGUUGAUAUUGAUGUUGAUGUCUAUGAUACAUUGAACGAGGAGUAUGCGAUCAAAGUUUUGCCAACAUUUAUUUUUUACUUUUUCUUAAACAAUGAAUGGAUCAUAACUCAACGAAUUGAAGGAGCCAGUGAAAAAGAAUUAGAAAGGGCCUUUAAAAAAUACAGCAUAUCAAAAGCGAAUUGA